AUGGCUCGCAACGCUCUCCCGUCCUCGGCCCUGUCGGCUGUGUCGUCAUUCCAGCGCUGGAGGAGGGGGCCGCAGGUGUGCCCCGCCCCGCCCCCGGGUCCAGGUCUAGGAUCGCCUCGUGCUCAGAGUGCAAGGGCGCCUUUAAUGCCUUCUCGGAGGGGCCUCGCGGGUGGAACACCAAGCCUCACAAGCUCUGCAGUGAAUGUUACAGGGCCCGUUGGUACAAGAAGCAGCCCCUGCCAUCCACGGGGAGUCAACAGGCCGCUAUGGAGUUGGAGCCAUUCUCCCAGAAUGCAUCUUUCCAAACUUUUGCCCCUCCUGGCCGGCGCCACGGGGGCCAUGUCGACGCACCUGUCGUCCUCGAGCACCACAUCUUCUCCAAGGGUGAAUGGAGGCGAGCGAGGAUGAGGGACCACCCUUGGGCACCGAUCACCAUCUCCGUCGACAGGCCAGUCGGGCUGAGGGGCAGCCCUGGUGGCCACGACCCCGCUGUCGUGGCGCGGGUGUCCGCCAUCCCAGACACUGUUGCACAGUCGGACCUGUGGUCUCUUGCGGAGUUCCUUACGUGUGGCUUCUCGCGCGACGACCUGCACCCUGUACGCCUUAGCAUGUUGGCCGCCUACCGCUCUCCCAUAGCGGUUGAGGGCGCCUUUUUCGCAAAGCUAUCUACAACGUCCCGCAGCGGGGGGUUUCGACCUGCCACUCCAUGGUGUACGUGAGCAGCUUGGUCCAGGCCAUGUACCUCUCCAACGACUCGUUGCUCAACCUUGGCCUGCUGCCCAGGACCUUCCCAUCUCUGCUUUGAGGUGCUCUAGCGGCGGCUGCACGAGCCGGGCCAACGCCUAAAGGGGACUGUACGCUGAGGCGUACGGUCCCCCGACAUGCCCGGCGGCCCUGCCAUUCCCAUGCGUGCCAUUCCCGUGCCUGCCUGAGAACAACGGCCGGAUAAAGGGAUGGCUCCGGCAGAGAUACACCUCGUUCACCUUCAACACUUGCCCGCAUCGGGCGUUGCAGUGCAUGGAAGGGCCACCCAUCGAGAUCCAUGUGGACCCUGUGGCGACGCUGAAGGCGUGCCAGACUGCGGCUGUUGUACCUCUGCACUGGCAGCAAAGGGUCCACGAGGACCUUCUCCGAGAUGAGGCCCUUGGCAUCAUUGAACGCGUGCCAUAUGGCAAGCCGGUGUCAUGGUGCCAUCGCAUGGUGGUCACUCGUAAACACGACGGCUCACUCCGCAGAACUGUGGACCUCUUGCCUCUCAACAAGUUCUGCCGGCGGGAGACAUUCGCCUGGGAGUCUCCAUUCCACCUUGCAUGUCGGAUCCCGAAGGGCACCUGGAAGACUGUCACGGACGCCUGGAACGGCUAUCACAGUGUGCCCCUGCGUGAGUCAGAUCGUCAUCUGACCACCUUUAUCACGCCCUUUGGCCGUUGGCGCUACACGAGGGCGCCUCAGGGUUUCUUGUCGUCGGGUGACGGCUACAACCGCCGUUUCGAUGCUGUCCUCUCUGAUUAUGAGCGCAAGGAAUGA